AUGAAACAACAAGCCAUCAUUUUAUCAGUUAUUGCAUUAGCAACAACUGUAAUUGCCAGACCACUCAUAAACUUCUCUCAGAAUAGCUUCACUCUAACAGGAUAGAUUUUUACUCAAAAUCCAAAUAAUCAAAGCGAAAGAUUGUAUAAAUUCAGAAACAAAGAAGAAGUUAACUUUAGACUACAUAUUGAUCCCACAACUAAUACCAAACUUUAAGUGAUCGAAAGAGUAAAUACUUAAGAAACCUACUAUGCCUAUGCUCACUUCGGUGAGACUAAUAUUUCACAGUCUACUUAUCAUAGCAAGGUGGAUAGUGUAUUCUUACAAGAAAGCAAUAUCUUGAAAGAUCAUAAUGCUGAUAUUCCUACAUUCAUCUCAGUAUUGAAUUCCAAUAACAAUACGGAACACGUCCAGAUCGAGUAUAAAGAAGAGACUUAAUAAAAUUAUGAAUAAGCAACAUAGCUUUUUGAGUUUUAGAUCACUUAAAACACUAUCAACUUAAAAACUUCAGCAUCAGAGACAAAUACAUUCUCUCUAUUAUUUGACAUCAAUGGAGUCUUGAGAUAUGGUUACAAAUUAGGGAGGUAAAAUGUGAUCUUCUAGUUUGAUCCAGUUAUUCUUGAAAAUUCCCCUUAGUAUAAAAAAGAUUUAGACACUGCGUUUGGCGAAAACCCAUACAUUGGAAGUUCAUCUCAAGUAAAGUGCAAUCUGAGAUCCAGAUUUGGUGGUAUUCAAGAUCUUGCCCUACUUUUCUGA